AGAAUCCCGGCCUCCGAUCAGUUAGGGCAUCACAUCUACAUCAACGAUCCUCACUUCAAUACACCACGAAAACACAUAUAUUUCCGUUGUUGUCGCAAUGCCACCCAAGCGUCCCGCGCCCGGCUCGCAGGCUGGUAAAUCACAACAGUCUACGCUUGCCUUCCAUGGAGCCGCCAACAAAGUGACGAAGCCGAGAUCGACGCCCGCCGGCAAAGGGAACAAGUCGAAGCAAGACCCUAUCCUUUCGGAGCCUGUCACUCAGACAAACCUCAAGGUUGAAGCGGAUCCUGAGCUCUCUGAACCAACAACGUCCGAGCUCGCAAUCACUCAACAAGCCCAGAAGGAAGCUGCGAAGGAGCCGACCAAAGAAGAACAAGAGGCUAGUCGUGUGACCAUCGCUCAGAUCAAGAAGUACUGGAAGGCGAAGGAGGCCUUGAGAAAAGCUCCUAGGGUGCACCAGGAGGAUCUCACCUUGCAGGAGAAGGUGUUACGGGAAUUUGACACCAGCGGACAGUACGGACCUUGUAUCGGCAUUGCACGCGAGAAGCGCUGGUACCGUGCGCACAAGUUUAAAAAGCACCCUCCGAUUGAGGUUCUGGCUGUCAUCCUCAGAGAGAAGAAGAACAAGCCUGGGGUGCAGCGCGCCUACAUGGACGAGCUGAUGAGCUCGAGAUUCAUUGAGACUUAAUGUCCCUCAGAUCUCUACUUACGGCGACUAUGACAUUAUGCGCCUAUGACGUCUGUAAAAUCAUGCGGUGGGCAACUGAGCUAUUAUGAUGAACAUAGGUACUGGCGUUUGGGGAAAGGUGCGGUUAAAUUUAGGACGAAUUCGGCAUGACAGCCUCCAAGACGUAGUGGAUAUGACUUUAGCUUAUUGGCAAGGCAAAAUGCAAACAGUGCCAUGCGCGGUCAAAUCCGUGUAGCUAGAGAUAAUCUGACAUCUGACAUCUGAC